GCUCAGGUUUCGUUGUCAGACUGGCAUUUAAAUAUGCUGCAGUAACGAAGCCGGGGAAGCCAGUGGCCGCACAGGAUUCAACGCAGCAGUAGGAAUAUACGCUUUAUUAUAGCUUUAUUAUUAUUUUCUUCAUUUGGCUCGAAAAGGGUAUAUUAUACAGGACAGUAUUUUGAAGAUUCAACCGCGUCAGAAUUCAAAUGUAAGACGACAUCACAAUUUGCCAGCUUCAUACGUGCAUCAUUUUUGGGAUUCUUCUACAACUUGAAUGAAAUUCGUGCUUUAUAGCUGUGAUAUGUAAAUGUGCAUGUAAAAAUGUUUAGGAUCGCUAGUAUGUGUUUAGUCUAGUCAAUUAACUGACUUUUAGUCGUCUGUGCAUCUUUGUCUCGUGUUUGGCCUAUAAAGACUUGGGGAACGCUUUCCAUUCAAGGAUGUGUCUGCAUAAUGUUUGAUUGAAAGAAAAACAAACCAUCCACUAAACCAAUAACAAAGAGAUCCUCCGAAUUAUUUGAAUAGACAUCUCUAUAGAGUAUAAGGUUGUCCAUUAUCGAAUUGCAUCAUGUUCAGCUGGUUGGGUACCGAUGACAGGAGGAAGAAGGAUCCUGAGGUCUUUCAGACAGUCAGCGAUGGCCUCAAGAAGCUCUACAAAACCAAGCUGUUACCCUUGGAAGAACACUACAAAUUCCACGAGUUCCACUCGCCCGCCUUAGAGGAUGCCGACUUUGACAACAAGCCCAUGGUUCUCCUUGUGGGGCAGUAUUCCACUGGAAAGACCAGCUUCAUACGAUACCUGUUGGAGCAGGAUUUCCCUGGAAUGCGGAUCGGGCCGGAGCCCACCACAGACUCCUUCAUUGCAGUGAUGCAUGGAGACACGGAGGGGGUGAUCCCUGGCAACGCCCUAGUUGUCGACCCCAAGAAACCCUUCAGGAAGCUCAACGCCUUCGGAAACGCCUUUCUCAACAGGUUUGUGUGUGCCCAGCUGCCAAACCCUGUUCUGGAGAGCAUCAGUGUGAUAGAUACUCCUGGUAUCCUAUCUGGAGAGAAGCAGAGGAUCAGCAGAGGCUACGAUUUCGCAGCCGUUUUAGAGUGGUUUGCCGAACGUGUGGACCGCAUCAUCCUCCUGUUUGACGCCCACAAGCUAGACAUCUCAGACGAGUUCUCGGAGGUCAUCAAGGCCCUGAAGAACCACGAAGACAAGAUCCGGGUGGUUCUAAACAAGGCUGACCAGAUCGAGACGCAGCAGCUGAUGAGGGUUUAUGGCGCCCUCAUGUGGUCGCUGGGGAAGAUCGUCAACACGCCCGAGGUCAUCCGUGUCUAUAUCGGGUCGUUCUGGUCGCACCCACUGCUCAUCCCUGACAACCGUAAACUGUUUGAGGCAGAGGAGCAGGACCUGUUCAAGGACAUCCAGUCACUGCCCCGCAACGCUGCCCUCAGGAAGCUCAAUGACCUCAUCAAAAGGGCACGGCUCGCCAAGGUCCAUGCCUACAUCAUCAGCUCUCUGAAGAAGGAGAUGCCAAGUGUGUUUGGAAAGGAGGGCAAGAAGAAGGAGCUGAUCAACAGCCUGGGAGAGAUCUACAGCCGCAUCGAGAGAGAACACCAGAUCUCCCCUGGAGACUUCCCCAACCUCAAGAAGAUGCAGGAGCAACUGAAUGCCCAUGAUCUGAACAAGUUCCAGCCCCUGAAGAUGAAGCUGCUGGACACAGUGGAUGACAUGCUAGCCCAUGACAUCGCCAGCCUCAUGGUGCUGGUCAGGCAGGAGGAGACCAACCGACCCCAGCAGGUGGUGAAGGGAGGGGCCUUUGACGGCACCCUCAACGGGCCCUUUGGCCAUGGCUACGGCGAGGGUGCCGGGGAGGGCAUCGAUGAGGCAGAGUGGGUGGUGGCCCGCGACAAGCCAAUGUACGACGAGAUCUUCUACACACUGUCGCCGGUCAAUGGGAAAGUGACGGGCGCCAACGCCAAGAAGGAGAUGGUGAAGUCCAAGCUGCCCAACACUGUGCUGGGGAAGAUUUGGAAGCUGGCUGACAUCGAUAAGGAUGGGAUGCUGGAUGAUGAGGAGUUUGCCCUGGCCAAUCACCUGAUCAAAGUCAAACUGGAGGGGCACGAACUGCCCGCCGACCUCCCCGGUCACCUCAUCCCCCCCUCCAAGAGGAAAAUCCCUACUGAGUAGACCCCCCCCGCCCCCGCCCCCAGCACCCUCACCUCCCCAGGGCACUGAAGAAGAGAGGGAGUGGGUAGGAGGAAGGGCAGUGAAGGAUCUUUGGGGGGUGCGGGGGUAAAUUCAUCAAGGUUGGACAACCACGCUUCAACAUGAAACAAAGACAAGCAGAAACUUUGUGGUCAUGCUUAGUGAGAGCAAAAAGAUUGAAAGUGUUGGCUUGCUCUUCUGAUCUAUGUAUGAUUAUUAUGAUUUUUUGUUUUUAUUAAACUGGGUUGAAGGGGGUAAAGGUCAUGGUUCAGAGUUGGGGGAAUUGAUAGUGGACUCACACUGACUGCACCACCCGCAUACCAUAUUGUUACACACCCCCACUGAGAGUGUGCUAUCUGUGACACAAUAACCUGCAUUAUCAUUGGAUACAUGAGCACUGUCUGUUUCUCAAGCAUAAAUGAUUUGUAUUUUAUUUGAGCCUGAAUUUUAACCUAUGUCAUAUCUCCCUUUGCAUAAAAUAGGCAUGUUUCAAAAAGGAUAAACUUAAUCUUAAUAAUCCUGGUACUUAUCACCUGAAAAUACAAUAACGGUAAAAUGUAGUGAAAAUAACCCUUUUUAUAAAUUGGUAGUAUAGACAUAUGAUAUUUUCUUCUUGUGAACAGGCAGCAUCCUAAACAUGCAGGCCCUUCAUAGCCUGACCAAGAGACUGUUACAACUGUAUAGCUAUCAUGUCGUAAAUCUGAGAGUUGGUAGACCAUUAAAUGUAUGGUGUUUGAAAUUGCUUUCUAGUAACUUGUAUCCCUGUCCAACGUUUGAAUGUUUAUACCUACGUAUUUACCCUAUUAUUUAGAGUACUUCACUGUUGAGGGAAAGAGACUUCAAUCUUUCCACAGACAAGGAGGUGAACUGACAAUGGAGAUUAUGUUUGUGUCAUGUUCUGGCUUUUCCGAUGGGACGUAGAAUGCAUACAAAUAUUCCCCUGUUCAUCUCGCUCACUGGAUGCAUAACUCAUUAAAAAGCAAAAGGUUUUAAAUCAGCACUUUCAUUCAAAUAUCUUACUCAGAUCGCUUCCCUCAAUAGAUAGCACAAAAAAAUAGUUAUGUUCUUCCUAUACUGUGACUUUCAAUGUUUUUCAUACAGUGUAUAUCUACCAUAGAGACUGUUCUAGGUUCUAUAUUCUAUGAUAUCCACUAGUGUUGUAGUUGAGACCACUUCUGGAUAUUAUCCACCAUAAAGAAUAUGUCAUAAUCCAAAUACCCUGUGUUAGUGUACCUGAUUGGUCAGAAACAGAAAGAUUGAAUAGGUCAGAAAUAUAUGGGUAUUGUAUGUAGAAAAGGCCCACUAAUUGCGUGUCCAGGGCAAGUUUCAUUUCGUAGCUACGGUAAUACAGUCGGUUAUUACUGGGAUCAUGGUGGGGGAACACUUAUCUGAAAGGAGUUCUUAAGGGCAACUGAUACAGUAUGUUGAGGGAAUAUACAGCACACAGUAUGUAAGGGCUCUAUUCAAUCCGUGGCACUGAAGUUCCGCUUUAUAGCGCGAUUGACAAUUAAAGGCAAUGUUCCCGCGGUCGCGGAGACUGCAUUCACGGUAAACGCUGCAUAUGUCGACUCGAUCGGAAUGAGAGUUUCUCCAACUCUGUACACAAGGGGUAGGUUUCUUUCUCUGGCUGAUAUGACUGAUACUAUUUUCUCCUGCUGUGUAUCUGUUGCUGCUGACAGUACGCUAUGUAACCUGUUGUCAUCAAUUUGAGUAGAUCUUGCAAAUGAUACGGUAACCAAUAAAGGCGACAGAGCUAAGCAUUUCUCA